AUGAUCAUAUUUUUAUUAUCAUAUAGUAUCUAUAUACUUUUAUUAUUUCAACAACAUAUUAUCAAUGCAUGUCCUUCUGUAUGCUUAUGUCAUGGACCUAAUGUUGAUUGUAGCAAUCGAGCAUUACAUAUCAUACCAUCUGGAAUAUCAAAAAAUGUAUUUAAACUAGACUUACAAUGGAACAAUUUAUCAAUUAUUGGAAAAGAUGACUUCAAAGGCUUUCGUCAACUACGUAUAUUAAAUCUUCAAGACAAUCAAAUACAUACAAUUGAUAUUGAUGCAUUUCGAGAUUUAAUAUCCUUACAAAAAUUACGUCUUAAUGGCAAUAAACUAAAUCAUUUUACAGAUGGUACAUUUAUCACACUUAAACAACUUCAACGAUUGGAUCUUAGUUCUAAUCAUUUACGAGUCAUUAAAAAAGGCAUGUUACAAGGUCUACAAGAAAUUAAUAAUUUACAACUGGAUCAUAAUGAGAUCUCAUGUAUUGAACCAGAAGCUAUCAAUGGACUUCAACGAUUAGAGAUUCUCACAUUGAAUUCUAAUAAUUUAACAACUUUAUCUAUGUUACCAUUUGCACAACUAAACGACUUAAGAGUUUUACGAUUACAUGAUAAUUAUUUUGUAUGUGAUUGUCGUUUACUUUGGCUUGCAAAAUAUCUUAAAUUUCAUCUAUUUCUUGGUCUUAAUACACAAUGUCAAGAUACUAAUACAUGGAGUUUUAAAGAUAUAAUAUCAUUAAUCGAUGAUGCAAAACAAUGUAAUCGUAUGGAUACUGAUGAUAUUGAUUAUACAUGUAAUGUAUUUGUAUGUCCAUAUCCAUGUACAUGUUUUAAUGGUGUUGUUGAUUGUAAAGAUAAAAAUCUUAUAGAAAUUCCAAAAAAUAUUCCAGAUACAACAAUUGAAUUACGUUUGGAAAAAAAUCAAAUUACGGAAAUACUACCAAAAGUAUUUAUUCAUUUGAAAAAACUUCGUCGUUUAGAUUUAAGUAAUAAUUUCAUUUCAAUUAUCUAUCCAGAUUCAUUUACUGGUCUUAAAUCUCUUAAUUCACUAUUAUUAAAUGCAAAUAAAAUAGUCUGUAUACGUGUUGAUACAUUUCGUGGUUUAGAAAAAUUAAGUUUAUUAUCAUUAUAUGAUAAUCAAUUAAAAAAUUUAAUAAAUGGAACAUUUAGUUCAUUGAAAAAUAUUCAAACCUUACAUUUAGCUCGUAAUCCAUUUAUAUGUGAUUGUCAUCUUCGAUGGUUAAAUACAUAUUUACGUGAAAAACAAAUUGAAACAAGUGGUGUUCGUUGUGCUGGACCACGACGUAUGGCAAAACAAAAAUUCGGUAUUUUAAAAGAUCAGAAGUUUCGAUGUCAAAAUCGAAUGAAAUAUUUACAAAUAUUAAAUACAGCUCAAUGUGAAAUAGAAUGUCCUAAAGGAUGUAAAUGUGAUAGAACAACAGUAAUAUGUCGUGGAUUACAAUUACAAGAAAUUCCUCAUGAUAUACCAGCAUUUACGACUACACUUGAUCUUCAAGAUAAUUUAAUUAAACGAAUAUCACGUGAUGGUAAUUUACAACGAUUAAAAAAUCUUCGUAUACUUGAUUUAAGAAAUAAUCAAUUAGAAGAAAUUGAUGAUGAUGUAUUUGAUGGAUUUGAUUCACUUAAUCAAUUAUUUUUAAAUAACAAUAGUCUUCAUAAAAUAACAACACAGACAUUUAAUGGUUUAAAAAAUCUUCAAAUAUUAAAUUUAGAUUCAAAUAAAUUAACAUGUAUUAAAAAUGAUACUUUUAUAAAUGUAAAUAAACUUGAAUUAUUAUCAUUAAAUAAUAAUCAAAUUAAAUACAUUGCAUCAUUAUCAUUUGAUCGUCUUCAAUUGUUAUCUGAUUUAAAUCUUCAAGGCAAUCUAUUGGUAUGUAAUUGUCAUAUGAAAUGGUUAAAACACAGUAAAAUCCUCUCCGAUCAUCCCGAAUGUAUGUCACCAACAAAAUUACGUAAUAUUCCGAUUGUCAAUGUUACUGAUGAAGAUUUCGUAUGUAACCCUACUGAAAUUGAUGUAUGUGAUACAUCUUAUUCAAAUUCUUGUCCACAGAACUGUACAUGCUAUAAUCGUAUUGUACGAUGUUCACAUGCUCAAUUAAUUCGUAUUCCAUAUGAAGAAAUACCAAUAUAUACUGAAGAACUUUAUUUAGAUUCAAAUAAUAUAGAAGAAAUACCAUAUGAAUUAACUAAUCAUCUUAUUUAUCUUUUAAGAAUUGAUUUAAGUUAUAAUAAAUUACAUUUUAUACCAGGAAAUUUAUUUUCAAAUUUAACACGACUUGAAACAUUAAUAUUAUCCUAUAAUAAAAUUCAAUGUUUGGAUUCAAAUUCAUUUAAAGGUUUAAAAAAUUUAAGAAUUUUAUCAAUUCAUGGAAAUGAAAUUUCAACAAUAUCAGAAGGUACAUUUAAUGAUUUACCAAUUUUAUCACAUAUUGCACUUGGUAGUAAUCCAUUUUAUUGUGAUUGUCAUCUUGCCUGGUUAUCAUCAUGGAUUAAAACAGACUAUGUUGAACCUGAUAUAACUGAAUCAAAUAAUUAUCAACAAAAAUGUAAUCCUUGUUUAAAUCGUAUCAAUCUUUGUUCUAAUCAUGGCACAUGUCGUUUAUUAUCAAUUGGAAAAUAUAUCUGCGAUUGUUUACCAUCCUAUCAUGGUGAACAUUGUGAAAAAAUUAAUAAUCCUUGUUUUCAUAGUCCAUGUAAACAUCAAGGAACAUGUCGUGUACUUGCUAAUGACCGUUUUCAAUGUCAUUGUUCAUCAGGUUUUAUAGGUUCUCAAUGUGAGAUAAAUAUAAAUGAUUGUAUAUCAAAUCAUUGUCAAAAUAAUGGAACAUGUAUUGAUAAAAUUAAUGAUUAUUCAUGUUCAUGUUCACCAUUAUUUACUGGAAAAUAUUGUGAAAGAAAAUUAAAUUGGUGUGAUAAAAAUUUAAAUCCAUGUAAAAAUAAUGGACAUUGUUUAAGAAUCGAUAAUGGAUAUAAAUGUGAAUGUCCAUUAGGUUUCGAAGGAAUAAAUUGUACAAAUAAUAUCAAUGAUUGUUCUAAUCAUACAUGUCAAUAUGGUACAUGUAUUAAUAAUAUGAAUGGUUAUACAUGUCAAUGUGAUAUUGGUUUUACUGGAAAAUAUUGUGAAACGAAAUUUCAACGUAAAUCAUCAAUAUUUAAAAAUAAUCAAACUAAAACUUUAUCAAAACGAUGUACACCUGAAAUUUGUUCAAAUAAUGGUAUUUGUUAUGAAGAUUCAUUAAAGAUUAUUCGAUGUCGUUGUUCUUCGGGUUUUAUUGGUGAUUAUUGUAUGAUAUUAAAAACUAUUCAUUCAAAUACAAAUAAUUCAUAUAUUAAACUAUCUAAGCCAAAUAUAUAUCCAUAUUUAAAUAUUACAAUGAUUUUUAGUACAGUGCAAAGCAAUGGUAUACUUGUUUAUUUUGGAUAUGUAGGGCAUAUUGUUGCAGAAUUAUUUAUGGGAAGAAUACGUGUUAGUUAUGAUAUUGGAAAUUCACCUGGUUCAGUUAUAUUUAGUUAUGAUACAGUACAUGAUGGAAAAAUUCAUGAAUUACAAUUGAUUAGUAUUGGUCAAAAUUUAAGUUUAAUCGUUGAUAAAAAUUAUUCAAGAUUUAUUAAUAAUCAUGGUAGUCGUAUUUAUAUGAAUACAAGUGCCAUAAAUGCAUUAUAUAUUAGUGGUUUACCAAAUGAGUUAUCUGGUAGAGCUCUUCAAUUAUGGCAUAUUCGUGAAGCAACAUCAUUUCAAGGUUGUAUUCAUGCACUUUAUAUAAAUAAUGAAUCAAUCAAUUUUGCUGAUGUUGAUUAUCGUCAUAAAAUCUUACCUGGUUGUGAAAUAAAUGAAGUAAAUCAAUCUUCAUGCACUACAACAACCUGUCAACAUGGUCAAUGUCAACUUGAUGGUUUAACUUACAAAUGUGAAUGUUUCAAUGGAUUUACUGGAGAAACAUGUAACGAAGUAAUAACAUCAUCAAUAGCAUCACCAUUGAUGGAUUCAUGUGGUCUGAAUAUUCAAACAGGCUAUUAUAUUGAUCCACGAACUAAAUGUAGGAGUGUUCGACGUUUACGUCUGACAAAAUGUUUUGGUACAUGUCCAUCUAUAUUCAAUAAUGAAACAUUAUCAUCAUGUUGUAAACCGAUCGAAGCUAAACGCCGAUAUUUUCGCAUGACAUGUGCGAGUGGUUUUACUUAUAGACAAUCGCUGGAAUUUUUUAAAAAAUGUACAUGUUUGAAUAGUGUAUGUUAA